AUGUUCAAGCCAACAUCCCCUGUAAUGGGGGGUCUUCUCUGGAAAAUCCCCUGGCGCCUCUCUGCUCCCCAAAAAGCUCGUCAACGUAAACGGUUGCGGGCCGUCGAUAAGGUUGUCGACACCGUCAGUGCCGCAUUAGAACGGAAUGGCAUGACCAGCAAGGCUGUGACCCGGUGGUUUGAAGAAAUGCCCCGCGAGGAGGAGAUGCUGCCGAAGGAUAAAUAUACGAUCUUCGAUCGGAAAGAGAAGAAGUACCGGAAGGGGAUACACAAACUUCCCAAAUGGACGCGAGUCAGCCAACGAGUCAAUCCUCCGGGUUUCUAA